AUGAUGCAUCAAAAUAGAAAAGUCAUUUUUAAUAGCCCAUCCAACAAUAAAUCUUAUUUAUUUAAAAGGAUACGCUGGAAAAGACGGCACCACAGUAAGCUUUUUGAGAAGUAUCUCACCACUGGCUGCUUUCCCCGAGAAUAUCCAAGGGUCUUGGGGCAUCUUUUACUUUUUAAAUACGGAUUCACCAAGCUUUGA